AUGUCAUAUCGAGCCCUCUCUCCGCUGGCCCUGGUGUUGCAGCUCGCGGCGGCAGUGGAGCUGACCAAAGCAUCCUGGGAUGAGAUGACGGCGGGCAAGCGGGUCUUCAUCAAAUUCUUCGCACCAUGGUGCGGCCACUGCAAGCGCUUGAAGCCUGCCUGGGAUCAGCUCAUGGAGGCUUAUGCGGGACACGAGAGCAUUUUAGUGGCAGAGGUGGACUGCACCUCCGCCGGUGCAAAAAAACUCUGCGACGAGGAGGGUGUGGAAGGCUUCCCAACGCUAAGGUUUGGCGAUCCACUGGCCUUGGAGGUGACGGGCCAGUGGUGGCCGAUGGUAAGUCAGGACUACAACGGCUUUCGCGACUUUGAAGCGCUUGAUAGUUUUACAAAGGCCAACUUGGGUCCCUCCUGCAGUCCCGAGCGCAUGGACCUUUGCGAUGAGCUGACGCGAAAACGCAUUGAGGAGUGGAUGGAAAUGCCCAUGAGCGAGUUGAAAUACAAGAUCAGGAAGAAGGAGGAGGAGGUAACAGCCGCUGAGAAGGACCUGAAGGGCUUUGUGAAACAGUUGGAGAAGAAGUAUGACGAUGCCGUGCAAGCCCAGGAAGCUAAGCAGAAGGCCAUCAAGGAGGGUGGCUUGAGCAUGAUGAAAGCCGUUCAGGCUCACAACCGCCGCCUGCAGCGCGCCGCCAACGGCGCCGCGCAGUCCACCGCGAAGCCGGCGAAGCGGACGCCGUCGCGGAGCGAGCUGUAG